AUGAGGACACUAGUGCUGCUCGUCACCCUGGCGGUGGCCACGGGGCCCGCCUGGGCUCUGCAGUGCCACGUGUGCAGCAGUGCCACUAACUGCAAGCAUCCCGAGGCCUGCCCCAGCAGCUCCCGCUUCUGCAUGACCACAAACACGGUAGAGCCUCUGUCGGGGAACCUGGUGACCAAGUCCUGCGCCGACUACUGUACCCCCAGCCAGAACAUGCAGGGCCAGGUCAGCAAGGGCACCGCGGCCACCUACUGCUGCCAGAGCGACCUGUGCAACGAGAGAGCCAGCAACGCUGCACCCUGCCAUGCCCCGCUUGCUGGCACCCUCCUAGGCCUCAUGCUGGCCGCCGGGCUCCUUGCCUGCACCUGGGCCCCAGGCCUGUGA